CUCUCUCUCUCUCUCUCUCUCUCUCUCUACACUCUCAGAGCAUAGCUCUCGGACUGAGACUCAAAGCUCUCAGAAUAAGUUCCAUUGUUCGUCAAUGGCGGCCGAGCCUGUAUCUCAAAAUCAUAGAGCCAAAAUCCACAUCCUCUAUUCGAUUCUACUGCUGCUGUUUGCUAAUUUUGGACUUGCAGCUACGGCCAAGCUUCAACGAGACGAAGUGAAAGCGUUGAAAGAGAUCGAGAAGAAGAUAGGGAAAAGCGACUGGAAUUUCACUCAAGAUCCUUGCAGUGGAGAAGGAAAUUGGCGCGUUAAUGGAAGAAAAGGCUUCGAAAGCUCCGUCACCUGCGAUUGCAGUUUCAACCACAACUCCACUUGCCAUAUCGUCGCCAUAGCGCUAAAGUCCCAGAAUCUAUCUGGCGUCGUGCCACCAGAGUUUUCCAAGCUUCGUUACCUCAAACAGCUAGAUCUCAGUCGAAACUGUCUCACUGGUUCUAUCCCUCCCCAAUGGGCUACCAUACGAUUGGUAGAACUCUCUUUCAUGGGAAAUAGAUUGUCCGGCCCAUUCCCGAAAGUUCUUACCAAUAUCACCACUCUCAGAAACCUGAGCAUCGAAGGAAAUCAAUUUACCGGCAGAAUACCACCAGAGGUCGGAAAACUUGUCAAUUUGCAAAAACUUGUUCUGGCAUCAAAUGCCUUGACCGGAGAAUUGCCUAGAGCACUAGCGAAGUUGUCAAACUUAACUGAUAUGAGGAUAAGUGACAACAACUUCUCUGGAAAGAUACCCGAGUUCAUUAGCAAUUGGACACAGAUUGAAAAACUGCAUAUACAAGGCUGCUCCCUCGAGGGGCCCAUACCUUCAAGUAUCUCCACCAUGACAAGUUUAACUGAUCUGAGAAUAUCUGACUUAAAAGGUGGAAGGUCCACUUUUCCACCGUUGAGCAAAAUGGAAUCCAUGAAGACGAUGAUACUGAGGAAUUGCUUCAUUGUUGGAGAAAUCCCCAAAUACAUCGGGGAGAUGAAAAAAUUGAAAAACUUAGACCUCAGCUACAAUGACUUGACUGGCGAAGUUCCUGCUUCUUUCGAUCAACUAGAUAAAAUAGAUUACAUAUAUUUGACAGGAAACAAGCUCAAUGGAAUUAUUCCAGGAUGGAUUUUAGGAAGCAACAAGAAUGUGGAUCUUUCUAACAACAAUUUUACUUGGGAAAGCUCGAGCCCAGCUGAGUGUCCUCGAGGGAGUGUAAAUUUAGUAGAGACCUACUCACCGGCUGCAGAAAAAUUAACUAGAAUCCAUCCCUGCCUAAAAAGGAACUUCCCGUGUUCUGCAUCAAAGGAACAGCAUCGCUACUCUUUGCACAUUAACUGUGGCGGUAAAGAAGCAUUUGUAAAGGGUGAAAGGUAUGAAGCGGAUAGAGAAGGUGCUUCAAUGUUUUAUACCGGUCAGAAUUGGGCUUUUAGCAGCACGGGAAGUUUUAUGGACAAUGACGUUGAUGCUGAUAACUAUAUCAUAACAAAUACAUCUGCCCUUUCAAAUGUGUCUGUGACUGAUUCAGAACUGUACACAAGAGCAAGAAUUUCUCCUCAAUCUCUUACAUACUAUGGGCUCUGUCUCAUAAAUGGGAAUUAUACUGUUAAACUCCACUUUGCAGAAAUCGUAUUUAUAAAUGACAGUUCAUUCAACAGCCUUGGGAAACGAAUUUUUGAUGUGUACAUCCAGGAAAAGCUGGUCCUGAAAGAUUUUGAUAUAGAAAAUGAAGCAGGGGGUACAGGCAAGCCUGUUAUAAAAACAUUUACUGCUGUUGUCACGAGUCAUACAUUGAAGAUCCAUUUCUACUGGGCUGGAAGAGGGACAACAGGAAUCCCACUUAGAGGAAAUUACGGCCCUCUGAUAUCUGCUAUUUCAGUAGAUCCUAAUUUUACACCUCCUGUGAACCCCGUGAAGAAGAAUCACGCCAUCAUAAUUAUUGGGACAACAGCAGCAGCAUUUGUUCUCCUUCUUCUGGUGUUAGGUAUUAUGAGGAGGAAGGGAUGGCUGGGAGGCAAUGCAUCUGUGGAUAAAGAGCUUAGAGGUAUAGACCUGCAAACAGGAUUAUUUACAAUAAGACAAAUUAAAGCAGCCACGAAGAAUUUUGAUGCUGCAAACAAAGUUGGGGAAGGUGGUUUUGGUGCAGUGUACAAGGGUCUCUUGUCAGAUGGCACUAUAAUUGCAGUCAAGCAGCUAUCGUCAAAAUCAAAGCAAGGAAAUCGAGAAUUUGUUAAUGAAAUAGGCAUGAUAUCUGCACUGCAACACCCAAAUCUUGUCAAGCUUUAUGGAUGUUGUGUUGAUGGGAACCAACUGAUGUUGAUUUAUGAAUACAUGGAAAAUAAUUGCCUAUCACGUGCCCUUUUUAAAAAUGACCCAGCAUCUAGAUUGAGAUUGGACUGGCCUACCAGGCAGAAAAUUUGCCUGGGUAUAGCUCGAGGUUUAGCCUAUCUGCAUGAAGAGUCGAGAUUAAAAAUUGUACAUAGGGACAUCAAGACAAGUAAUGUGUUGCUUGAUAAGGAUUUCAAUGCUAAAAUUUCUGAUUUUGGUUUGGCUAAGCUUCAUGAAGAUGACAAUACCCAUAUCAGCACCCGAGUUGCCGGAACCAUUGGUUACAUGGCACCUGAAUAUGCAAUGCGUGGAUGCUUGACCAGUAAAGCCGACGUUUAUAGCUUUGGAGUUGUUGCCUUGGAAAUUGUCAGUGGCAAAAGCAAUACCAACUACAGGCCUAAGGAGGAUUUUAUUUACCUUCUUGAUUGGGCAUCUGUUCUGCAAGAAAAAGGAAACCUAUUGGAGUUGGUAGACCCAGCCCUGGGGUCAGAUUAUGUAUCAGAAGAAGCCAUGGUGAUGCUGAACGUGGCUCUCCUCUGCACCAACGCAUCCCCCACUCUGCGGCCUCUAAUGUCCCAAGUGGUCAGUAUGCUCGAAGGUCGAACUCCAGUCCAAGCCCUUCUCUCUGAUCCAGGAUUUUCAGCCAUCAAUUCCAAAUUGAAGGCCCUCAGAAAUCACUUUUGGCAACAAUUGAGCCCCACCCACAGUUUAUCAUUGGACGAUUUCCCCAGUGAUUCCUUGAGUUCCAAUGUGGAGGCAGAAGAGAAUGAGAAUCUCGUAAGUCACACCCCAUUGCCAUCUGUCAAAUCUGAUCCAUGAAUGAAUGAGAGAAAGAUGCGAAGGAAUGUGCAGAUAUAGUUUGUAAAACCACUUUAGGUUGUGCCAGAAUUGGCGUAAAGAAAAAAAUGUGUAGCUGAAUGUGUAAGACGAAGUUUUACAGCAUUCGUUUGAAGCCCACAGCUUUGCGUAGCUUUUGUUCAAGAUUGGGUGAUUAAAUACGACACUCAAUGUUGGAAUUAUUUUUGGAACAAAGAGAAAUUAAAAAAAAAAA